AUGACUGCCAACGCAAGCAAAUUGCUCCUCAUAUUUGCCAAGAAGAACAAUCAGAUCUUGCCCCUGAAUUGUCCCGGUCUCCCUAUCACCGAUUCCUGCCCCAUCAUUGCCACCGGCAAGAAGAACUUUGUGACCGACCCUCUUCUGUUGCUUCACAUUUCGAGCAGCAUCAAGAGCAAACCGGCUAAAUAUGGCGGAUACUUCUUCCAUCUGAGUUUCCAGGAUGAAGACAAGCAGUUUUACUACGUGAUCCUGCAGAAGGGUGAUUCGGAUGUCGCAGAAACCAAGUCUGCUUCUGACCCCAUCACUAAUGAAAGUGGUUGGGCUGAUGAUGACCAUCUCGCUGGUGGAUGGGAUGUCCUCCAUCACCCUGACAUUCAGGCUAUUGACCAAACUGAGUGGUGCUCAACUCACCCCGACCCUGCCGUUGAUUCUCAUGAUGGCGAUUCCGUCAGACACGACACCCAUGAAGAUGCUGCUGUGACCUGUACCUGUGGUCAUAUGGGUGGCUGGGAUUGUCAUUGUCAUAGUUUCGACGGUCCUGUCAAACAUGAUGCUCAUGAAGAUACUGCUGCGAAACUUGCCGGUGAUCAUGGAAACAGUUGGGGAUGCGGUUGCGAUGAAAAUUCCUGGGGAUGCAGUUGCAUUGAAUAUGACUGGAUGUGCCAGUGUCAUGAUGCCACCCAGCGACGUGACAGUUCUCGUGUUGCUCAUACCCAUGAAAUGAAAGACCACGACGAGGGCGAUGACCGGCUCCCACACGCUCACCCAGCUUCUUAUGUGAGAUCCAAGAGGGCCCACAGACGCAGAAAGCACAAUGUCAACAAAGAUGUGACAUCCUGGUACACCGAGCCGAGCACUCAAGUUGCAGAAUCUGGGUGCUCUCCUUCCACCAAGCGUUUCUUGCGCUCGCGCUUCGGAUCGACCAAAAAGGUUGCAUCCACCCGGGGCGAUGGCAGAGAGAACGGUAAUUGGACAGCAGUUGGUGACUCCUCCGUGGGUGGCUGGAGUGUCGACUACGACUAUAGCGAUACCAAGUCGCCUCCUUCCUCUGCAGGUCCCCGAGCCCCCUCCCCGGCCACUGUAGUAUCUUCUCGAGCCACGGAGGCCGACAGAAACCUUUCUGAGUAUGAUGACACUGCUUCAGGUGAUAACUUGAACCGCGCAGCCAAUAACUUCACCAGUGCCUGGUGA